GUAUUGUACUACGUAUAUCCAUUUAUGAUGUGCAUUAUGAAUUACCUUUGCCUUUAAAUACCUUUUGCAUGAAGGCAGGAGGGAAAACAGCCCGUGACAGCGUGAGUGAUGACCGUCAUGAUCCUUUUUGCCCAUGAAGGGCAGCGUUGUUGGGCCAGAUCCCCAGCUGGUGGAAGUGAGACCUCGAUAAUCUUGUCAGUGCCAUUCUGUCUGAGACGCUGCAGACGAAUGCAGCACUCUCUGCGGUGCCUCUGUAGAAAGUGGUGAAGGCAAUGGGUUGGGAAGAGUCCUUUUCAACCUCUGUAGGAAGUGCAGGUGCUGGUGAGCUUUGACACUGGAGGAGGUGUGCCGGGUCCAGGUCAGGUUGUCGGUCACAUCUUGUGCUGCUCAAUCUCCACAACAACAAUUUGAGAAGUAGCAGCAGAAUUUCUUUUCUAAUAGAGGCUGGACUCCCCUGAGGAGGUUUUGCUGCACAGAUGGCUUCCAGGUUUGUCCAAAGAAAAGAUGACAGACACAAGGAGUACUCAGACUCCCAUCUGUUUAGGGAUCCCAGUCUCAACCCUUUAAAUGCACUCCCCCACAGUGCCUCCUGGUGGGCUGAUAGGGAGGAACAAGGAGACUCACUGAGGGAGCAGCUAAAAGAGAUGGACGAGCAUGUGGCCAGGCUUCAGGACAUGCUGAGAUGUGAGCGGGUCAAAUGUGGCCAUCUGCAGCUGCAAUGUAACCAGCAGGAAGCGGAGCUGCGACGGCGAGAGCUGCAGACCAACAGACUGAAGGAGCGACUGUCACAGAUGACUGACAGACACAGAGAGAAAGGACCAGCCAUAGAGGUGCUGAACUUUCCACCUGGAAGCAGGGGCAAAAAAGAACAGCCAAUUAAAUCAUUCAGAUCUACUGCAAAAGGAGAAGAGGCAGCACUGCGUCUGAUGCUGGAGCGAAGAGAAGCAGAGCUCAGAGAGGCAAUGAAGCUGCGUCACAGCCUCACCACUUUACUUCAUGCACUCAGAGUCGACAUGGAGCAGACCCUGUCAGAGUCAGUGGAUAUGGCCCAGGAUGGAGAUAAAAGGUUGGAUCAAGCUGAGGAAGCACUUGGAGAACAUGUGACAGGCGGGGUUGUUCAGAGUUGGAGGAAAGUGCAGAGGCUACUACAGGGCAUCAUGUUUGAAGGUCAGACUGCUGCUGGUACCGACCAAGAAAAGCUUCUGGCUCAGCUGGAAGCUGAACUGAAAGAGAGUCAACAUCUUGUCAGAUUACAGCAGCAAAUGCUGCAGGAUACCCUUGCUUCACCCAUCCCCUCCGAACUUACUGAUAGCUACUUUUUAGAAGAGUGGGAACGUCUUCAGAUGCGCUGGGCAGAGCUCCAUCAUAUGAGGAGGACUUUUGAAAGAGAACGUCAGUCCUUCACUGAUGCUGCCAUUCGACUGAGCCGCGAGCGCUGUGAUUUUGAGCAACAGAGAGCCUCUCUUCUCAAGCAGCAAUAUCUGUGUGACUCACCUCUGUUUAACAAAGGAGCGCCCAACAACAACAGAAGAGAGAGCACUGCUCUCAGUCUGUCAGGUUUGGGACCCACCAACAUAUCUGGCUGUCUUCCCCUUACUCCAUCAUCCUCAGAGUCAGGGACCGCCGCCAUUGCUGGAUUACAUCAGGGAAGAGGCAGAGUCCAAACCCCUAGCACUCCUGAGCUCUACUCUGCUCUCAAUCUACCAUACAACUGCAGAUCCAGAGAUGUUGAUCAGCACUCAGAAACAUGGGACGCUGGAGCAGGCAGGAUUGGGCACACACCCCAUGCUCCACAUUUAGAUUGGUCAUUUUAAUGCAAUUUUAUUCAACAGUAAACUCAAUUUCCCUUUUUUUAAAAUUGAUAAUAAAGACUGAAUUUUAUUUAACUCGA